AAGAGAAGAAAACCUAAAUGAAAAGAGUUCAAAAUGAAAGACUCAAAAUAAAAGCUAUUUAUCCAUUUCUUUUUAUUGCUACUCAAUAAUUUUCAAUUCCCAGAACCCUGUAAUAUCUAGUUUGCAAAUUGAACAAAGUCAUCAUUUUUAUAUUAUUCCACUGCUCAGUUUUCUCUGUUUUUUCCAACCAAACCAAAAACCAAAGAUGCAAUCUGAAGCUAAUUUUCGCAUUUCAAGAAUCUCAGCUCAUCUCAACCCUUCUAAUGUUGAGAUGGGGGAGAAUUCCAUGUUGGAGCAAGCUAAGUGCCGAGCAAAAGGUGGUGCACCAGGAUUCAAGGUUGCAAUCUUGGGUGCUGCUGGAGGCAUUGGCCAGCCCCUUGCUAUGUUGAUGAAGAUGAAUCCACUUGUCUCAGUUCUUCAUCUUUAUGAUGUUGUUAACGCCCCUGGUGUUACUGCUGAUAUCAGUCACAUGGACACUGGCGCUGUGGUUAGGGGAUUUUUGGGACAGCCACAACUUGAGAAUGCUCUUGCUGGGAUGGACCUCGUAGUUAUACCUGCUGGUGUUCCAAGGAAGCCCGGGAUGACUAGAGAUGACCUUUUCAAAAUAAAUGCUGGAAUUGUGAGGACUCUUUGUCAAGGAAUUGCCAAGUGUUGUCCUAACGCAAUUGUAAACUUGAUCAGUAACCCUGUGAACUCGACAGUUCCAAUUGCAGCAGAAGUGUUUAAGAAGGCUGGCACUUAUGAUCCAAAACGCCUCUUAGGUGUCACUAUGCUUGAUGUAGUGAGAGCCAAUACUUUUGUGGCAGAAGUCCUGGGACUUGACCCAAGGGAAGUUAGUGUUCCAGUUGUGGGUGGGCAUGCAGGAGUUACUAUUUUGCCUCUUCUUUCACAGGUUAAACCUCCCUGUUCUUUCACAUCAGAAGAGACAGAAUACCUUACAAAACGUAUACAGGAUGGAGGAACUGAAGUUGUUCAGGCAAAAGCUGGAGCUGGCUCUGCAACCCUCUCAAUGGCGUAUGCCGCCGUCAAAUUUGCAGAUGCAUGCUUGCGUGGUCUAAGAGGGGAUGCCAAUAUCGUGGAAUGUGCGUUUGUUGCUUCUCAGGUGACAGAACUACCCUUCUUUGCCACCAGGGUACGACUUGGUCGUACUGGAGCUGAGGAAAUUUUUCAGCUUGGACCGAUGAACGAGUACGAGAGGGCUGGAUUGGUGGAAGCGAAGAAAGAAUUAAUAGGAAGCAUCGAAAAGGGAGUGUCCUUUAUCAGCAAAUAAGACCGCAGGUUUCUACAAAUUGAUGUUUCUCCUUGAGGUCAUUGUAUUAUUCUCUCAUAUUCUACUGAAACAAGUUAAACAAAAUAAAUAGCUCUGUAUAUUAUGUGGAACUUUGUGACAGAGAAAUAUGUUCUUGUGUUAUCAAAAUCAUCCUGGCCAUUCUUUA